AUGGGGCUUAGAGACAUUGGAGCUACACUGCCUCCUGGGUUUCGGUUCUAUCCCAGCGACGAGGAGCUGGUCUGCCACUAUCUGUUGAAGAAGAUCACGAAUGAGGAAGCUUUGAAGGGGACUUUGGUUGAAAUUGACUUGCAUAUCUGCGAGCCAUGGCAGCUUCCUGAGGUGGCAAAGCUGAAUGCCAAUGAGUGGUACUUCUUCAGCUUCCGUGACCGCAAGUAUGCCACGGGGUUUCGAACCAAUCGGGCUACGACAUCUGGGUACUGGAAGGCAACGGGGAAAGAUCGGAUGGUGAUGGAGCCAGGAACAGGGGAGAUUGUAGGGAUGAGAAAGACUUUGGUGUUCUAUCGGAACAGAGCUCCUAAUGGAAUCAAAACUGGUUGGAUUAUGCAUGAGUUUCGGCUGGAGACCCCACACAUGCCUCCUAAGGAAGACUGGGUUUUGUGCAGAGUUUUCCACAAAGGCAAGGGAGAAGAGAACACCAAACUCAGCCCCCAUGAUUUUAUGUUGGAGACCACAUCCUGCACUGUUCCUUUGAGCAUGGAAAAAUACUCAUCUCCUCCAACUCAAGACCAAACCAUGCCUCGUGGGUACAACCCGAUCCCCUCAUUUUCCACACCACCACCCCGCCACAGCCACAACCAAAGCAACUCUUUGCUGAAUCUGCUCCACUUUCCUCAGGAAAAAUACAGCAACAACUCCGUCCCCGAAUUAGGCGCUAAAAACGACGACGAAUAUGGGUUUUUAUGGGACAUGAGCUUGGAAGAAACUAGCUUCGAAAAUGGGGUGGCUCCAGAUAUGGACGAAAUGAGAUUUGAGAUGGAUCACAACAGCAUGGUUUUGCUCUAA